AUGUCGUCCUCCUCCGCCCCCUUUGCUCCCGUCACCCCGACGCGUCGUACGUCGUUCGCCGCCGCCGACAAGGCGCCGCUCGUCGCGCCGAGCAACCCGCGCAAGCGUCGCCUCCCGCCGUCGCCUGUCAAACCGGCCUUCUCCCUCUCGCCGCCGCCGCCUCGCACCCGGCCGUACCUCGCCUCGCACACCCUGUCCUUGACGACAAGCGCGUCCUGCUCGUUCGCGACGACGCCGCCGGCGCCGCUCCUCCCUCCCGCACCCAUCUUCGACGUCCUCCCUCUCCCGCCCGUCACGCCGACGUCGUCGACCUCGAGCUCGACGGCGAGCCUGCGCAGCAGCCCGAUGCGCCGCUCGCCGGCGAUGAAGGACCUCGCGGCGUUCACGCGCAGCGCGUACGCGGCGGCCGAGGGCGGCGCCACCGCAGACGAGGGGUUCGAGCGCCGGAGCGUGAGUCGCCUCGAGCUCGGCGGCGUGGCGUACAGGAGCGGGAGGGUCGACGCGUGGUCCAUGAACGACGACGGCGUCGACGGCUCGAGCGCGGCGGCGACGUACUCGUCCUCGUCGGCCUUCUCCUCGUCGCCGUCGUUGGCGCUCGGCCUCGGCCUCGGCCUGGGCUUCUCGUCGUCGCGCUUCGGCGAGGACGACCUCCCGCUGCGCGCCUCGUCGCACUCGCCGUCGUUCCCCUCCCUCGCCCUCAGCCUCGGCGCCGCCCUGUCGCCCGCAAGCCGCCCCUCGACCCCGUCAACGCCCGGCCUCUCCCCCUCUUCCUCGACGUCGCACCUCUCGCCCACGUCGUCCAUCUCGUCGUCGACGACCGCCUCGUCCUGGCUCGCGACGUCGCCCGUCCCGCUCCCCUUUGCGCACCUCUCACUCUCGGCCUCGCCGCUCGAGCUCGGCGACGUCCACCUCGGCGGCAGCGGCGACGGCUGCGGCGCGUCGCCGUCGAGCCUCGCGCUGCGGCGCAUGGACUCGCUCGAGCGGCGCAGGAGGGCCAAGGGCGCGGCGGCGCCGGCGCGGCACGAGCGCUGCGAGGCCGAGGAGGAGCGCGGCGAGCCGUUCGUCGGCCUCGGCCUCGAGCUCUGA